GUUUUGUAAUCAGUGAUGAAGGCGCACUGCAAUUUAUGGUUUCCGAGCACAAGGCUUUCAGCACCUUUUUCGAGGCCGCCUUAGCCUCCGUGCGUGCAGGUGUGAAUAUUGAGAACUCUGAGCCAGGUUGGAGGGGAGUUUACAGUGACCUGCCACUGCUUGUGAAGACGGGGAUUAUCAAGCGCUCUCAACUGGAGGCAUUGGCUAGACCACUCUUCCUCACUCGUCUACGACAGGGUGAAUUCGACCCACCCGAAAGCAAUCCCUAUAAUAAAUUAACACCUGAUCAGUUUGUUCAGAGCGAGCGUCAUAGGCAGCUCUCGCUCAUCGCUGGCUGCAAAUCAGCCGUUUUGCUGAAGAAUCUGCGCCACUUUCUGCCCCUGAGCGGUGCCAGCGCGGCCUCCCGGAGGGGCAAUCACGUUCUUCAAAAACUGGGCCUGGUUGGCCCAUUUUCUAGGCGCAUGGACGAGCUGGUGGGAUCUUACGCAGCCACGCGAAUGCCGCAGUUCGAGGUGAAUUUGGAACAAGGUAAUUUGCUACUAACUUAA